GCAGUGUGACUUAAUAUGUUCUCUGACAGGAUUCUUAUUGCGUCCUUAGCUCGCAGUGCCGCCGACACAAAAGGCGUGGCUAGCGAGAAACAUAUGAGGAAGACAACAGCUAGUCGCAUAUUAUCCAGUCAGUUUCCAGUCGGAAAUUAUUUGCGGUGCCAGAUUUGCGGAAGACCACAAAGAAGGUUUGAACAACUUGAGGAUACGCCAGUGUGUCAUCAGUUCUGGCCUGGACUAUUGUGUUGCUCUUGGAAUCUGGAACGUAAAUUUCCAUUCUCCGGUUCUCCAGAGAUUACCAUGGCGACAAUUGUUAUGGAGCAGAUUGGCCGUCUCUUCAUUAAUCUGCAGCAGGUGAGGCAAGUUCCCCAGAUGCUCUCCGAGGCCCUGCCUUCCAAGACCGACACCCUGCGUGACACGGAGGUGCCCCAAUUUUUCCGUGAACGCUACAUUUACUCUGGCUACCGGGCACUCCACCAGAACUGGCGCUACUACUUCCUGUCGCUCUUACAGCGGCACAACGAGACUAUAAAUGUUUGGACGCACCUAGUCGGAGCACUAGUGAUCCUCAUGAGAACUGCCCAGUUUACGGAGACCAUAGAUUUCAUGAACGAUCCUCAUUCCUGGCCACUUCUCAUCCUCCUCUUGUCGUCAGCAGGCUACAUGAGCUUUAGCGCCGUGGCCCACCUGUUGGCGGCAAAAUCGGAAGUCUGCCAUUACGCCUUCUUUUACCUGGAUUAUGUAGGAGUGUCAAUGUAUCAGUAUGGAAGCGCAGUGGCACACUACUACUAUGCUAUUGAAGAAAGUUGGCAUGCACGUGUCCGAGGCUUUUUCAUGCCUAUUGCUAGCUUCUUGUGUUGCCUGUCUUGCUUCGGCUGCUGUUACGGGAAGUAUCGCAAUUACAGCCUUCCUACCUGGGUUCGUAAAGUAGGCCAAGUGGUGCCUUCAGCCGUAGCUUACAGUUGGGAUACCAGUCCUGUGUUCCAUCGUUUUAUCAUCUGGGCAAGAGGCGAUUCCAAAAGCAGUCCUGCUCUGCCCUUUCACUUUGGCCAAGUGGCAUUCUUUCUUUCCAGUGCUUUUUUCUUCACUCAUCCUAUUCCCGAGCGCUGGUUCCCAGGUCACUGUGACUUCUUAGGUCAGGGUCAUCAAGUAUUUCAUGUGCUGCUUGCUCUGUGUACAGUCUGCCAGAUCAAUGCUUCAUUUUUAGACUAUCACAACCGUAGAGACUUCUAUGUGAAUCUCCAUGCUGAUGGCGAGGCAUCGUUCUUUGUUUUGCUCUAUAUUUUAACAUUUGCCAUCUCUGCUCUAAUAGCCUUGUGCAUGCUGGUGAAAGUAAAAAGAUUGUUUGGCUAUGGGGGAAAACUAAGUAAAGAAUAGGAAUAGUUAGGGCUAGAAUAGGUCAUCCUUUGGGCGCUAUCAAGGAGCAUUACUGUUAUGAUGGAAACAAGGGCAUUUUCUGAUGAAAAGGUUUAUUUAAGAACUAUAGCCAUUAGCUAAUAGUGAUUCUGCACGUUCCUGGAUCAAUAUUCUUGUUGGUCCUGUAACAACAUUUCUAUCAACUAAUCAGAUUUUAGAGAUAGGCAAAGUAUUAGAGUUAGGGAUCAGGUUAUGACUAUGUUUGUUUUACAGACAUGCUGUUCAAGUACUGAACUUUGAGCAAAUACUCAAUGUUUAAACUGAUAACAUCAUUUAUGUUAAGGCAAGGGUGUCCGAUCCUGCUCCUGGAGGGCCACUAAACCCACUAACCCCAAUUAAACACACAGAACAGGCUAGUCAAGGUCUUACUAGGCAUACACUUCCAGUCAGGUGUGUUGGGUCAAGUUGGAGCUAAACUCUGCAGGACAGUGGCCCUCCAGGAGCAGGUUUGGACAACCCGUUCACCCCUGUUCACCCCAAUUCACAAUGCACUGAUCAAUGCAACCAACAUGAACAAUCACCAGAUUACAUUAUGUAAUUUCUCAGAUGUUCCAUCAACAUGUUCAAUCGCGAAAACAAGUGCCGACCAAUGCCUAAAGAUGGCGAUGGGGUAACACUAUAAUCUGACAAAGUGUCUGUUGCCAUUGGUCGGCAUCUUUUGGUGAAAUGAGAUUUGCCCUUUAAUAUUCUUGAAUGUAUUUUGAAUUGUGCUUUUGUUAAAGGGACAUUUCACCCAAAUAUUAAAAUUCUGUCAUUAUUUUUUUGCCUUCAUGUGGUUCUAAACCUGUAUGGCUUUCUUCGGCUUUCUUCUGUGAAACAUAAAGAAGAUAUUUUGAAUAAUGUUGGUAACCUAACUAUUUUGGUGACCAGUGACUUCCAUUUCACACAAUAAAAGAAAGUCAUACAGGUUUGGAACAACAUGAGAGUGAGUAAAUGAUGACAGAAUUUUCUUUUUUUUUUUUUGGUGAACUAACCCUUUAAAAAUGAUUUUGUGAUGUACAUUACUUCUAUUAUACACCACCAGCAAGUAAGACUAAUUAACCAGCAUACAGUAUUUGAAGAAAAUAUAUAAAUAUUUGUUAAAAGUGUAGACUUCAUAUUGGUUUGAUUUGCCCGAUACUUCGGAGAUCAUAGAGAGAUUUUUUCCAAUUCAAACAGGAUUUUAAGUUUGGUUGAUCUUUUCUAUAGUACAAUAAGGUGUUUUAAUGCCUGAUUUUAUUUGAAGUAUGUAGAUUCUAAAUAGGAGAUUUUGAGUGCUGUCUUUUUUUUUAAAGCUGCAGUCCGUUACUUUUUUUGGUUAAAAAUGAUCCAAAAUCUAUUUUUGAGCAAGUAUAUAACCAGCCAGUGUUCAAAAUUAUCUCCUUACCUUAGCCCGAUUUGUAAGCUUGUAAUAAUGUUUUAUAAUAAAAUCGGUACUGGUGGGUUUCUGCUGGAAAUCCGAGCAUGCAGCCAUCAUUACAUCACAUCUGUAAACAGAAAGAAGGUGUCCCAGCUAGUAGGCUAUAUGGCAAGUGAAGAUGCUGCUGGUAGCGGAUCAUUUAUAGCUUUUUCUCAUAGCAGCUGCAAUAAUUAAAUGUAUCAUUUUGACGGCGGAUUGUAAUCCAUAAAGUUCCGAAUGGCAACUGGAGUUAACCCGUAGUCAAAAGCAAAAGACUUUGGAAAUUGAAAUCUACAGAUAAUGCUAAUACACUCUAAAUACACAUAGUCACGCAAUGCUGAUGUUGUUAUCAUUAACAAUUUGAGAAUAAAGUAUAGCAGUAAUGAUAAAUUGCACGGUUUGACGUGAUCCGAGCUAAGCGAUUGUUAGAUUUAAUCACUAUUGGCAGCGCGAUUCAUUGCAGGCCUGAGGCUUUUUUUUUUCAGUUGGUCAAAACAAAAGUGGCAGACAUGUUACUUACUUGUUCAGAUGACAUUUUCCGGUGAAAAUUCUUAUUUAGGUCAUACUUCAAGACUACAGUCUGCGAUUCCAAAGUACGGUAUCCACACCGAUGUGGUGACUGACAGCAAACAAAUUCAUCCACGCUGAGGAGCUGUGCCGAUGCACAACCCACGUAAAGAUGAUAAUUCUGCAAAUAACUGCAAUUGCAGGUUUCGAACAGAGAUGGCGACAAAGAGGCAAAACUUACAGACUGCAGCUUUAUAAAAAUAUAAAGUAUAAAAAGUAGAAGUAUAAAAAUAGCAAAAUGCCUACAUUGUUAUAUCAGUGAUUAUGAGAUUUUUCGACAGCACGUCCUAUUAAGAUGGACAGUAUUCCCCAAUGCAUUCCCAGUGCAAUUAUUAUCACUGCUGUGCCUUAAUGAGCAUUGUAGAUGGACCUCAGUGAUUCUUAUCACACACAUCUGUAAUAACAGUAGCACUGUAUUACUGAGAUUGCUUGUAUUUGCUUUGAAUGACCAGUGUAUCGAUUUUCUUUAAAGCAUUAUUGCACUUACUGGUCCCUUAUUUUAUUGCACAAGUCAAACAAACCAGUGCCUACUUACAGUAUAAACCAGUGUACUUAAUCUGGAUGUUAAAGGGAAUGCAAAACAGAAGCACAUUUACUUUGACCAGAUCAGCAUUUCUAACUGUCAUUCUCUUUUCACAGUUAUCCUCCUCUCUUUAUGUAAAAAGGACAUUUGGCUGUCCCGAUUGUGUCCUUAAUUAAAGAACUAAAUAAUGUUCCACCAUGUAUACUGCCUACUACUGUUUUAACAGUAUAUGAAGUAGCAUGCAAUGAUUAAAAAAGAAGUAUCAAACCUACUGCUACGUUGUUGCCACAAUUUUACGCACAGCAAUUUGGUGUAUAAAAAAUGCAGUCUGGUCAAACAAUGGUGGUUACAUUCCUGAAUGGUACUGUAGCUUCACUGCUUAUGCACUGUAUACAUUUGGGUUUCCCAAACUGGGGAUUAUGAACAAAACAACUCUGAGGGUUUAUAAGGGAACUACAGGAGGUUUGUGAUUUGACCUAAAGUUAAUUAAUUAAACACAUUAAUCAAAUUAAUUCACAGGUGUUUUACCAGUAUAUUGUAUUAUAUUGUGUUUGAGGGUUAAAGGAAACUAUAACAGAACAUGUCCUGUCAGAAAAUUGCCAGUAUCUUUUCUGUUGUUGUUUUACAACAGAACAACAAAUUGUUUUUUUACAGCGUGGUAUACACUUUUGCUGUUACUGUUAAAAAAAUAUAUGUAUCAUGCACAUUUUAAAUAGUAGUAUGCUACAUACUACAUACUUCACUUUCUUAACCCAUUUCUAUCACAUGUUGUGUAAGUGCAUUCAUCUGUGUAUUUUUCCAGACUGUUUGGGCCUGACUAGAGCAUUUUAUAAAAGAAAGGCCACCUUGUUUGGUGAUGGUCAUGUGGUUUGAUUAAACAUUCAAAGUGAUGCUA